AGUCAUUUAAGGGAGCUAAACCUUUCAGAUUCCAGAUUUUUUGGGUCAAUCACUCAACCUUUUUAAAGGUGGUUAAUGAUCAUUAGUCUACAUUCCCCACGCAUGGUGGGAUGAGAGGGUUGGCUUCCAAACUUCAGGCUCUAAAAACCAUUCUCAGAACCUGGAGCAAGAGUACUUUUGGUGACAUCUUUGAAGAAUUAAAGAAAGCAGAAACCAAUGCACAGAGGGCACAGGAAGCCUAUGAGACUACUCCGGAGGACCCUACACUCAGAAGCACAGCAAAUGAGGCGGAGGAGAACAAACCUUAAGAUCAGGGCAAUCAGAGAUAUUGAUGACAAGCUCAUUGAGACAGAGGAUGGUAUCAAAAGAGCUACUGAAAAACAUUUCGAGGAAACUUGCAGUAACACUAAGUUGGUGGAAGCUGGACAAAUCCUAAACCACAUACCUAGCCUCAUUACUAAUGAUGAUAACAACAUGAUGUCUGCUAUUCCAGAUGAGAUGGAGAUUAGGAAGGCAGUUUGGGAUCUCAACCCCAAUAGUGCAGCAGGCCCAGGUGCGUUCAAUGGUUGUUUUUUCAGAAACUGUUGGGAUAUUGUUAAACAUGAUGUCAUAAAAGCUAGCCAGGAGUUCUUCAUGGGUCUACCUGUUCCCCAGGCUUAUGGGAGUACACUCAUCACCCUCAUACCCAAGAAGGAGAACUACACUACAUUCUCGGACUUCAGGCCAAUUUCCCUUUCUACAUUCAUGAGUAAACACUCCUCUCCUUCUACCAUUGCUAGGAUGGCAAAGGCACUGAAUAUGAAACAUGAGAAGCUGCCAAUUAGUUACCUCGGUGUCACCAUACGCAAAGGCUUUGUUCAUUUCAGGAAAUUUAAGAAACCAAUGUUUUUACUGUUUGAGGCAUUGAACAAUUUAAUGCAACUUCGCGUGGCGUUACGGAAUUAACCACCGUUGAAGCAGCCAUGGCGAUUUGGUUUCUUUCAUUGCCUCAAACGCCUAAAUUUCGUGCUGGUGUGAGUAACUAUUGCUUGGUUUUUUAAAAAUUGGGAAGCAACGGUCAUGCCAACAGCGAUGUCCAAUACCCCU